CUUCAUACUCACAGGCCUUAACCGUCAUCUCUUUCCAUCGUUUCUAGCUCCCUUGUGUCUCCUGUGGACCACUCACGGUCCUGUCUUGAGACCAAUGGCCUGCAAAUCAACGCAUGGCUAAAGUCUUAUCAUUCCUGCCAGUUCUUCUUCCUUAUCCUCCGUGCCCCGUCUCAUUCCUUGUCGCCUCAUCCUCAUUAGAGCCGUUUCAUUCUUGGACAUUCGGGCCAGUCUUGCCUUCAUCAGCACGCCGCCUCUUCUUCCUUUCGUUGCCUGCUCCCUUCGCCUUUUGUCGACUCCCUGAACAUGGACUGCUUGCGUCCUGCGUUCGUCUUUGUUGUUGAUCAUGCUGCUCCUAGACUCGAGGCACUGGGUACUUCCCAUUGUUGUCUCCCUGUUGGCUUUGGUCAAGUGCGAUCCUGAGCCCACCCAAUCCCUUUCUCCCUCUCUCGUCGCCUCGUCCUCUGCCACCCCCGCCUCUGAAUCUACAAAACCUACCAAAGAACCCCCCAAGCCAAACCCGGAUGACAAAAAAUACUUUCACGAACCCGGUGGAGAUGAUCUAUUACAUCACUACGACAUCCGGUACUUUCAGAAAAUUGUGACAGACGAAGAAAGACAGGACACUUUGAGGCAUCUCAUCCGCGCUUACCUCUUGACUUUCGAUUAUAUCGGCGUGGAGACCUGGAUCGCCCACGGCUCCUUACUCGCGUGGUAUUGGAAUGGCAAGAUUCUUCCCUGGGACUGGGACCUUGACACCCAGGUGACAGACGAAGGUCUCAAGACGCUGGGGAAACACUUCAACCAGACCUACUACGACUACGACCAAGGCGAUGGCUCCCCUGCCCGCCGAUAUUUUCUUGACGUCAACUCUAUGGCUUGGGAGCGAGUGAGAGGCGAUGGGGCGAAUGUAGGAGAUAUCCACUUGCUGCUUACUGAGCAGUCUAUUGACUUACCUCUCUUACUAGAUAAUCGAUGCUCGAUUUAUCAGUGUCGACAACGGCCUCUUCAUAGACAUUACCGGCCUGUCGGAAGCGCACCCUGAUACUGAACCAGGGAUCAUCAUGUGUAAAAACCACCACAAAUAUACCCUCAAGGAUAUUUUUCCCCUCCGCGAAACACACUUCGAAGGUGUCAAGGCCAAGGUACCCUACUCGUAUAUUCCAAUCCUCGCAAAAGAAUAUACCGAGCAGGCCUUGGUCAGGACGGAACACCAUGGGCACAAGUGGCAUGCAGAUGUAAGAGAAUGGAUAAUGACGCCAGAGGAGAAAGAGAAACAAGAGGCAGAGGCAAAAGCAAAGCUCGAUGCCGAGGAAAAGGCAAAAUCGGGCGAAGGCAAGACGAAGGAUGAUAAUCCUUGACGCGUGAACCCUGAACUUUUUGUUCGAUACGAUACCCACAUGACGCGUUUGUCGGUUUGUAUUUGCAGAUCAUUGAUAUGUACUACUAUUGUUUGCCUCAAAUGACCUGGUCGAGAUAGUCACGGCGAUGGAGGUUGUCGCAUGGCGAUGGGUCGCCUUGGUUUGGCAUCAUCAUCUCGGAUCUCUCAGGUCAAAGUCUACUCCAGUUCAUUUCACCGUACAAUUUCAGGAUGGCGCAAAGGCACGAAGAGUCAGCGGUGAUUCUACCCUCCGCCACCUCAGCGAGAGAAGAGGAGGGGAUAUGCCUCGUGUCGACGCAGACUGGUCACGUCGACCGAGCGGUCGUCCUGGUUGCAAUUCCAACAGCAUCGCGACCUUAUUUUCGCAUCAUCAUGUCGAAAGACGGCCAAGUUAUGCUCAAUACAGCGAGGGGGCAAGCCCUCGACCAAUGUAAACACCUUUGUUCUUAUUGGGGUUGGCAUUUCUGCGCAAACAAUUACUAUUUGGAAACUAAAGUGGCAUAACAUAUUUCCGGGCUUGAAUCAGUCCAUCUCAAACCCGGUAAACGUUGCGAGGUCAAUUCAGAAACGUUGCACAUAAGGCGCCGCCUUGUUAUGGCGCUUCAAAAAUAUAUAUAUAUAUUAUAUAUGCCCCGAACUGUGCUUCAU